AUGGAGAACAAGCACUUCCUCUUAAUCACCUUGCCUUCCCAAGGCCAUAUAAAUCCUAUGCUCCAACUUGGCAAGUGCCUAAUACAUGCAGGUGCUGGGAGAGUCACUUUUGCCACUACAGUACAUGGUCUCUCUCAGAUCAAAGCCUUCCCUUCGCUUGAAAACUUACACUAUGCCUCUUUCUCUGAUGGUUUUGAUGAUGGAAUCAAACCAACCAACGACCCACAUCACAUCAUGUCCGAACUCAAGCGUGUUGGCUCCCAAACCUUAGCCGCGCUCCUCUUGUCCUUAUCCAAGGACGGUAAUCCGGUCAGCUUCCUAAUCUACACCAUUCUCCUCCCUUGGGCGGCUGAUGUUGCACGGUACAUGUCCAUUCCAUCUGCUUUUCUUUGUAUUCAGUCUACUACUGCCUUGGCCCUAUGUUACUGUUUCUUCAAGGAACAUGAUGGUGUUUAUGAUGAUAAUGACAAUAGUCGUCCUAGUUCAAUUGACAUAAUUGGACUGCCACCAUUCACAAGUAAAGAUCUACCUUCCUUCCUUUUGCCUAAUGAUGCAUAUGCAUCAACACUAAUCCCUGUUUUUCAACACCAUAUCCAAACACUAGAAAAAGACUCAAACCCAUGUGUGCUACUCAACACCUUUGACUGCCUAGAAGAAGAAGCAAUCAGAGCCCUCAGUAAUCUGAAUCCAAUCCCAAUUGGACCAUUAGUUUCGUAUGCAUUUUUAGAUGAAAACCACCCCACAGACUCGUCUUGUGGGAUUGACUUGUUUGAAAAAUCUGUAGAUUACAGUCAGUGGUUGAAUUCAAAGCCAAAAGGCCCAGUAGUUUAUGUUUCCUUUGGAAGUCUAGCAGUGUUACAAAGAAAUCAAAUGGAAAAGAUAUUGCUUGGCUUAAUUGGUUCACGCCAGCCGUUCUUAUGGGUAAUCCGACCUUCAGGUAGUAAUGAUAGUGAGUUUGAGGAGAUGGUAAAGAACAAAGUGAGUGAAGAAGUAGGGUUGAUAGUGCCAUGGUGUUCACAAAAGGAGGUGCUCGCUCACAAGUCAAUAGGGUGUUCCAUAACGCACUGUGGAUGGAACUCAACAGUGGAGAGCUUAGCGGCAGGCGUUCCUGUUGUGGGGUUUCCACAGUUCUCUGAUCAGACAACAAAUGCAAAGAUGGUAGAAGAGACGUGGAGAACUGGAGUUAGAGUAAGAGUGAAUGAAGCUGGUAGUUUAGAAGCAGAAGAGAUUGGGAGGUGUUUGGAGAUGGUGAUGGGAGGUGGCGAGAGAGGUGAGGAAAUAAGAAGGAACGCUAGAAAGUGGAAAGGAUUGGCUUUGGAGGCUGUGAUGGAGGAAGGAGGUUCUUCGUAUAACAAUCUCAAGGCCUUCGUGAAAAAGAUCCAAGUGAUAUAG